GCUCCUCCGCGCCCUGGUAACGGCGGCCCCCGGAGGGCGAGAGGACGUGCGGGGCCGCCCGUCGCGGCUGUUUCCGCGUUGCCCGUCCAGGGAGGUCCCGCCCCCGCCCGCAGCCGCCCCAGCCCCAGCCCCGGCCCCGCGGGGAGGCUCCGGGCCCGGCGGGGGGGGCGCGCCCCCCGCCCGGGGCCUGCGGCGGGGGCGCCGGAUAAAGCGGUGCCGGCCCGUCCGCCUGCCGGCACAGGGGCGGCCGGGACGGGCCCAGCGGGGCGCCCCGCCAUGGCGAGCCCUGCACGCCCGCGGCAGGAGCUGGCGGCGGAGGAGCGGCGGCUCCGCGGCGCGGCCCCGACGGUGCCCCGCGACGCCAAGCGGGACGCGGCGGGGGAGCGGCUGGUGCUGCUGGAGCUGCGGCGCUGCGGGCGGCCGCCGUCCCCCGGGCCCGGCGAGCGCCAGGAGGAGGGGGAGGAGGAAGAAGAGGAGGGGGAGGCGGCGGCGGGCGAAGACUGUUGCGGCAAGUGCAAGAAGCGGGUGCAGUUCGCCGACUCGCUGGGGCUGAGCCUCGCCAGCGUCAAGCACUUCAGCGACGCCGAGGAGCCGCAGGUGCCGCCCGCCGCGCUGUCCCACCUGCAGAGCCCGCCCGGCGAGGAGCGGGACCCGCCGCCGCCGCCCGGCGGGGACCCCCUGCCGCCCGCCCUGCUCCUGGUGCCCGACUUCCCCGACGGCGGGGAGCCCAGCGCCGAGCGGCUGCGGCGGCAGCGCGUCUGCCUGGAGCGGCUGGGGCGGCCUGCGGCGCCCACCGACGUGCGGGGCACGGUGCAAGUGCUGGGCGGCCCCGGCCUCAAGGAGGUGACGGUGCGCUACACCUUCAACGAGUGGCUCUCCUUCGUGGACGUCCCGGCCGCCCCCCUGCCCCCCGACCCGCCGGCCGAGCGCUACGGCUUCACCCUGUGCGUCCCGCCGAGCCUGCGGGAGGGCUCUGCCCUCCACUUCGCCAUCCGCUACCGCAGCGCGCAGGGCGAGUUCUGGGACAACAACGGCGGCCGCAACUACACCCUGCGGUGCUGCGGCUGCCCCGGGGGCGGCCCCGCACCGCCCGCCGCCGCCCCGCCGACCCCCGCCGCCCCCCGAUACUGACGCCGGCCGGGCGAGGGGAGCCGAGAGGACCCGGCCGGGCAGGGGGAGGCGGCUGCAGCCCUGCUCCCGGAGUGAGGCCCGUUUCGGGAGGGAGACAGCCAGCGCGCCGAGGCCACCGUCCCGGAGAUUGCCCCAAGUCUGGUGGUUUUUAAGCAGGCACUUCGGUUUUGCCAGCGAAACAUGGAUGUGCGUAGGCUCGCAUUGCUGUGGCUUGUGGAAUCGUUCUUUUUUCUUUUUUUUUUUUUCCUUUUUUUUUUUUUUUUUUGAGGGAACAAGGAGAAUGAGUAGCGUGGGCUUUGCUUUUCCCCUCUUGAAGUGAAUUUUUGAGGUCUUGAUUUGGGCUUGACUCCACUUACCCGAUUAGUCAGAGAUGCACAAGAGCGCUCGUGUGAAAACUUGGUGGCGUGUUCGCUACAAUUUAACUUAGGAUCCCAGCUUUCUCGUUCUCACAUCCAUUUCAAAGACAUAGUAGUGCAACACCAAUGGUGUGGUUUUUCUUUUUUUUCUUUUCCUUUUUUUUAGUUCAAUGGACUCUGUAACAAUACGAUUCACUGUUGUGAGCACCUGUCAAGCUCGUGACAGGCUUGCGUGCCCGGCCCACCUUUCCAGGCAGUCUGUUUUGGGGCUGGAUCUGGGGCUGGAGAGGGCUGCUCUGGUUUUUGUCAUUCAGCACACUUUGAUACUGCUCCCUGCUCCCCAGGCUUGCAUGUAGAUCCUGUCUGGCUAAUAGCAGCCAACAGGGACUUCUGCGAAGAUGUUUUUGCUUAAAAUAGACUGGUGACUUCUUUUCACACAACUGACAAGUCUAAAACCGGGACGAAGGAGGAGUUUAAAUAUUUGCUGAUGCUGCGUUUAUCAGGAGAACUUUGGUAACACCUUUGAGUCAUGCACUGUGAAGUACAAGAUGGUGUUCGUCUCAUACACGCUUCUGUAUUUUCAGAUUUGGGGAGCAGAUGCUGCUUUGGAUGACCUUCUCACUGAGGAGUGACGAUGCGAUAACAGAGAGGGUGUCCUCAGUAACGAAUGAAAACAAGUGCCUUAGUUCAGCUCUCCUUAUGUUACAUUUUGCACCACAUUUCUCAAGUAUUUAUAAUUUAUUCAGCUUAUUUUGCUACAUAUUUUUCUGUAUUUGUAUGUUGCUGGGAAAGGACUUUGUUGUGCACACAGCUGGACUUUAUAGCGCUGGACACUUGAAAUGAUUUUACGGUCUUCACUGUUGCACUGCAAGCCUAGAGGUUGACUAUUGCUGGUGUCCCAAGUCCUGAAAUUAAGCAAAAAGUACCAAUGCAAAUGGGUUUGUAAGAAUAAAAAAAGUUUUAAAAAAAGUCAAAAAGCUCACCAUUACACAUCUUUUUUUUUUUUUUUCCCCCAUAUAGCAAAAUGUAACAGGAUACUUCUUGGUUUUGCAACCUGGUUAUGCCCCUGCCCCCUGCCAAGGGGAUCAUGCUGUUGGUGUGCCCCACUCUGACCAGGGACAUUUCCUGUCUGUAAGCAAUGUUUAGGGCUGUAGCUGGAAAUGAGUGCUGUCCUGCCACAGCCAUGAGGCAAAUCGCCCUGGAAGUCUACGACAGCCACUUGUGACAGGCAUCUUGUGCAGAGCUGUGAUGUGAGGAAGCUUCAUGAGCAUGGGUGGAAAAGAAGUGGGUUUCAGUUGAGUUUUGUUCUGGCUCCUCUGCAGCUUUGACUCACUUGUUUUCUUUUGAUACAGUAUCUCAAAAUACAGGUUAAUUUUUUGAAUGAAAGAAAAGACAUUGCCACAGUGCAGAAAACGUCCUGACAUGGAUGUAUGUUCUUCAGUAAGACUUUGGAACAUUAUUUUCCUUUUUUAAAACAGAGAUUUCUCAAGUCUUCAUCUCCUCUGAAGAUGUAAACAUCUUAAAAGCCAUUAUGAGAACAUUAGAAAAAAUAGCUUGUUUAUAAAAUUGCCCAUACUUGAAAAUAUUUUCAAGUCUAUAGAUAACCUGCCUUUUGAGAUAGCUGGAACAGACCCAGAGCUAGCAGGGAGUCUAUUGUGGGUAAGACUUGAAGCAGAGGGGGCUUCAGACUAAAGGUCCUGCAGUUUUGCUAACAUGCGCACUGCUUCUGAAAUGGAGCCUGUCCUCCCUCCUCCCUAAAAACCCUGCACAUAAACCACAAUGUGAGAAUACAGCCAGGGACAAGGAGGUGUUUUAAUUCCUUCAGAAACCAUCCUGUUGUUAGACUGUACCAGUUGCUUUGACAGCGCACAGAGGAAAAGCUCUGUGCAGGCAAACAGAAGGACGUAUGAUUGUUUUCCAACUUAAAUGUAAACUCUCGCCAAAACCAUGAAAGGUUUUAAGGGAGAAUAGCAAGCUCUACUACAUCCCAUACAACUUUGUUUUAAACCUACAAUGCGUUACAGCAUUACAGGAUGUUACGUGGGAUAAUCUGGUAUGAAUUAGCCUUUCUUCAGAUUGUUGAGUCAAUGACACAGCGUGCUCUUAAGCUGAUGUGUGGGGCUAACAGUGUCAAGUUUGAUCCUUCAUUUACUUUGGAUUCCAGGAGCCCAUUCUUUGUUCUGUGCUUUGUUUAUUAAUUGCUUCGGAGAAGAAGGAAACAACGCCAAAAAAAAGGAGGGGAGGGAUCUCUCCUUAAACAGAAUUUAAAGGAGUAGCCAUAUGCUAGUGGUUGUGUCUGGGCAGAGGUGCAAAGCUGGUACCUUGAAGAAUCUCAGCUAGCUGUGCUUGUUGAUAGAGGGCUAAAAAUGUUCUCUGGUACACUGUAAACUAUGGGCAAUGGGUGUGAAACAUCAACAUCCAGAACAUGUAACAUUGCUGUGUGCUCUUCAGACACAUGAUUUGAAAUUCAAAGUGCAAGAAAGUACUUGAUGAGGCUAAACAGUAAAAUCUUUUGAGUGCUUCCAAAAAUUGGUGCCAAUCCAAAGUCCUGCGAAUCGUGUUAGUUAAAGCACAACAUUUUUGUGCUUUGAUAACAGGUAAAGUGCUUUUAUUUGUUAUAAGUAAUUACUUUUUGUGAAAGAAAGGGGGGAACCCCUCUCAGAGGAGAAUUAAGCAUACUCCGUUUUAAUAGACAGUACAUUUUUGUGCUUUUAAGAUUUUAUAGAAGCUUAGGUUUCCAAAGGUUUCAGAGACAGCCUACACACAGUUGUCUGUAUUUUCAUAGCUACGGUUACUGAAGGCUAUGGAAAUGCAAGGCUUUACCAAAGAUUACACUGGGCAGCAGUGUAAAAAUCCAAACCGGACCAUGUGCGUACUGAAGGAUUGCAAGCCCGCACCAGCAAAACACGGGGCUGCUGCUCAUGGUCAUAGGUUGAGAUACAUGGCAUAAUUGCAACGUUAUUCUCAAAGAAAUAUAUUCAAAAUGAAGCAGUUCUAAUUCUAUAAAAUCAGAAGGCCAGUGGAGUAAACUGUUAAGUGAAGCACUCUUCUUGCUUGGUUGCAUUACUGUUAAUGUAUUUUAUAAAGAUUCGAAGCAUAACUUUUGGAGGAUGUGUUCAUAAACAUGGUCCUUCCCCUAACUUUAAUAAGAAAUGAUAAAGAUUUAUUGCCCUUUUGGAAAAACUCCAUCUCCAAAGAUUUUCAUUUUAAGCAUACUUCUGUCCCCUCGCCAUGAAUUAAGGGCUUAGGGGAGAAAUAGCUGCCAAAUGGUUUUAUAAGUAUAUAUAACCCAAAAAAAUUUAAUAUAGUUGAAACUCUAUAGGGGUAAAUGUGAAGGACAUCAAAGUUAAAUCUUCCUUAAGCAAUUUUUUUGCCAUGUACAAUUGCAUUUAAAUUCAGAUUUAAAUGAUUCAGAAAAGGACUGUGAAGCUAAAUUUAUUUUGGUGUCAUGAAGAUCUGCAAACUUGUGUGAAAACUACUUCUGUUUUAUUUAAAGUUGGGGCUUUUAGUCAGUACUUGGAAAGUCUGGCUUCUAGUCCCAUUGGCUUCCCUGGGAUUUGGAUCCAGCCCAAAGUACUGCAGGAAGGUAGGGGAAAUGAUCUAGGCUUAAUUGUCUAUUCUGUUCAGAGUCUUGUGUUAUGGGGUUAGGAUAACAUGGCACUGUGAUGAAUGUUCAUCUGUCAAGAGUUCAAAAUCUGCUGUCUAUGCAUGGCAGUAAUUAAAUCACCUUAAUUGUUUUUUCAUGAUUCUUUUUAAGAGAGGGAAAAUUACUUGCCUUGGAUUAGCAUAUUGCCAAAGACUGUUAUAAAUAUUUAUGGAGUGUACUCUUUCAAUAGAAAGCCUGCACAUUCUUCACAGGUCUCCAUAGUUUUUUUCUCUGAACACAGAACAGUAGUUAUUUGAAUGCACUACUUACCAUCAUUUCCCCCUCUUGCAAAGGUUCAGCAGAUACUGGGUUUAACAGUAAAAAAGGUAAGUAGUUUAGAAAGAAGCAUCUCUUGCAAAACGUAUUUAAUUUCCUCUGUAAGCUGCGGAAUCCUUUUGAAGGUGCAUAUGUUUGUGAAACAGGUUUGAGAGUUCCAUAUUUUUUCCUUUCACACUUGUAGAAAAUACACAGUUUUGGAAGACUUAUUGGCUUCUCUAUCUGUUUUUUUUUUCCCUGCUUCCACAUUAAAGGCUCGUGCACUAUUUUUAUAUUCUAAAAUACUGAAAAAAGUAGGAAUGUAAACACUCAGUUAAAGAGCUGCACACCUUACUUCUUUUUUUUAUAAAGGUAGUCAAACAAAAUAUUCCUAAAAGUAUGAAAUAAUUUGCCUGUGUUACGAAUGGUGGAACAAAGCGAUCAGUAUAGUCCUGACUUGAAUAAUGCCGGGGUUUCACUGUAGAUCAUUAUGGAAAACUCAGGAAAACAGUAGGUGCACAGCUCUUUCAUGGCUCUGUUUACGCGUACGUAUGGCCUGUGCUGGGGAUCUGGAGAGAUGCGUUUAUGUUGCAUUAAAGGAAGUAAGUUGAGGGGCUGGUGCUUCUCCAUAAAAUGAUUCCACCUGCUGAUGUUAGAGGGUAAAAGUCAUGCUUUUAAGACCUGGAAACUUGGUGAAGUUUUUUAUACAGAAAUACCAUUUGAGAAGAGUGAGUAGUAAAUUAAAAUCCUUCUUAGGCUGUUUCAGCAUUGUAUGUAAAGUGUUCACAUGCUUCUCUCUUGGUUGCUCUCCUCCCGGACAGCUGUACCUCUGGUAUAUCUGGGUAUUUUGAAACUGUGCUUUCUAUUUGAGUAAAAUUUCUUGAGAAGCUGUAACACACAACAGAAAUGCCUAUCCUUUGAACAGUUGCUAAUAUUAAUCAAAUGAUUACUUUUUUUCUUUCAGAGUGCUGUUUCCAAGUUUAUACUGUAAAAGUAACGACAAACUUGAGUAUAUGCAAACAUUCAAAUUUUGGCUUAUACUGCUGAGGUCAAUAGUUUGCUAAAAUGUCAAGAUCAGGAAAAGACAAACAUUUUUAAUAUAAUACAAAAGCAAACUUGUUUUGCUAAGACACUGCAGCUUUAGUAAAGAUAUUUAUUGAGCUCCCUUCUAGUCUAAGGAAAAAAUAUAUACUUUUUAUAACAGUGGACAUUGUACAUAAGUCAUGGGACCAUUCCUUUGUGUUUUAACUAUUCCUGUUGUUUACACUGCUUUGACAAAAUCCAACAAAGCUUCUGACAGCGUGCCAAGAGAGAUUUAAUGAGUAUUGCAACGUAAACGGAACUGGUGAAGCACAGAAGGUGCAGCUGUAAGAGCACAGCAACUCCGAGGCUGGACCACAGUGCCAGCUCUCCAGUUCGCUGUCUCCAUCAGUGACAAUGAGCACAUGCCUAGCCAAGCCUAAGAACAGGGCAAGUGGACACAAACAUAACACUAAAGUCAUCCCAGCCUACAACAAUUAUUUCUGUGCUGGACUUCCUAAGCCAGAUGUGGUUAGCAAAUAUUUUCCAUCCAGUUUGUAGGAUUUCAGUGAUAAAGCAUUUGGCAAGCUAUCUUUUUAUACAGAACUGGGCAUGCUAUGAUAAAAUUCCUUAAAAUAGACAUCAGGCAAGGAAAAAAUAAUAUUUAUAGGUAUCUUCCAAUUAUGUACCACUGGUAUGCACAUAACUAACACUAGUUAAGCAUGCACUUAAAUGUGUGUUACAAGGAAAGGAAACACACAGGUCUGUCCAAAACAGGGAACAAUCAUCUAAAAUGCCACGACUGUUGGGUUUGAGUAGUAAAUGCCAAUACCUUUGCUAGCUUUGCACUUCUGUUAACAAGUUAGAUAGCGUUAUGCAGACUUUUGGACUGUAGCAGCAGAAGCGUUCUUACGUUGCUUCUGAUAAGUAAUGCAUAAAUAAUGUAUGAUAAGCUGAUUAUUAAUUUCACAUAAGAACUAAUUUUUCCUUGUCUGAGAAAGUGAGCUGUCUUAACCUCUGCAGUACUGACUGGGGAAGGAGGGAAAUUAGAGAGCCUGAUUAAUGGAGAAGUAAUCUCCUUCAUACUUCUGAGGGAAAGAGUAAGACAUUUCAUAUUCCCAUGGCUGCAUGCCUAUAUGAGAGCAUGUACCAUCUACAGCUGUAUUCUUGACAAAGAACUUCACUGGAAAGGUACUGGCAUUUUGGAAGAACUGAUUAUGUAUUGCAAAGGCCUCUAUUUAAAACCAAAUGCUUACUUUUUUGUAAACACGGUGAAAACCUAGAUUAUGUUAUCAAUGGAGUUGUACCUCUUUAUAAGUUAGGGCUACACUAUUUAUAAAGAUGUUUAUUUUGCUUCCUAGCAUACAUUCUCAUAUCUUGAAAUGGUAUGCAGUGCUUGUUCCAGUAAUUAAGCUGUUUUAAGCAAGGAUUUUGCAUGUACUGUUUUAGGGACCAAAUUUCUUACAGUAUAAAACUGGCAGUCUUUCCAAGCCUGUGUCAUCUAAGACUAUAAGAUGUUACUACAUUUCAGUGAGCUCAGUGGAAACUUAAAUAGCAAUCAAACCUUUCUUCCCCUGCACUUUCACCAUUAAGUGCACUUAAUUAUCCACUUGCAAAUAUGGAGAUUUAAAAUGCAGAAUAUAAUGCAUUUUAUCUAUUAGAAUUAAUUCAAUUUGAGUAAAAUGUUCAUUAAAAGCAAUUUACAUUGCAAUACUUAUAUAUCUAAUAAGAGGAGAAUUGUUAAUGUAUUUGCCUCUUAUCUGAAAGUGUGAAUGGAGGCUACAUUUAUAGUCUUAGGUACACAUAGUAUUUUAUUCUGUACACUGUAUUGUCCAUGAAAUGCAUCAGUAUACAUUUCAAUCUAACUGUACAAAAUUGUAAAAUACACAAUUUUUCCCAUUCCAGUGAGGAAUGGGAGUUUGUUCUAAAUUAUACACUACAAUUAGAUACUUUGCUUUAAUAAUGUUAACACAGAACAUGAAGAACACAAAAAAAAUGUAAGUUCUAAACAAAGAUGAAUUUUGUAAAGCAAGAAAAAUAAGAGGGGGGGUUUAAAGGCCACAGUGUCAUGGAACUAGUUUUGAGUUUCUGUUACUUAAAAAACCCACAAUAAUCCACUGAAAUAGAAGGAAACUUUUUUCUGCAUGCCAUUAAAAUAGCUUUGCAGUGCUUAAUUUUUCUGCACAUUUCUCAUAGAAAACAAACUUAAGCACAUCAGUGACUUGAGCAGAACCUGAUCAGAAAUUUUGCUUGCUUUUGUUUUAAUGUAUGGUCUUAAAAGUGUUGGGUAUUCUACAGAUUUAAUAAUAAACAAUAAAAUGCGAUACUGAGUGUUCUACUGAGUACUUUGCUAGGCAAAGCUUGUUGCCAAUUCAUGACUUACAGCACUUGAGUUACUGUUAUAGUUAAGUUACUUUCCUUCUGCAAAAUUCAGGAGCUUUGAGAAAAAGAGAACCUCAGAUUAAGUGAUGUGGUGCUUUCUGCUAAUAGCUGCACCUCAACAAGUUAAAGGACUCUGUGGUGAAAAUACAUUUUAAAGCUUCCAAGCCUCAGUAAUGCAAGUCUUACAUUCUGCUAGUAUGAUCUGUUAACUGUUAAAAGUAGGACAAGACUAGUUAUUAAUUCUUGGAAACU